AUGGUACUCCAUAGCCUUCACGACCUCGAUCCCGCCGAAGGGACAGUGCGGCUUCACCUAGCCGACAACUCCCCAAUUCUCAUGGUCCCGAGGCCCUCUGGGAACGACCCAAAUGAUCCCCUUAAUUGGAGCAGGCGAAAGAAGAGAGUCGCUUUCCUAUCGGUCUGUUCAUUCGCCUUUUUGACCAACUUCGGAAUCGGGGGCCUGACACCAGCCUUCUAUAUUCUCUCCCUGGAAUUCGAAAGGACGCCAGUAGAGGUCGGCGCCUUGUUGCUAUGGCCUGUCCUCACUCUCGGCGCGUUCAACCUUUUCUGGGUUCCCAUUGCCAACUAUUAUGGGAAGCGGCCAGUCUUCGUUUUCGCGUGCGCGCUGCUCUGUGCCUGCUCCAUGUGGGGUGCCUUAGCCGACACGUUCGAGUCUUUGCUGUGGUCCCUCGUCGUCGCAGCGUUUGCCGGGUCAUCGACAGAAGCCCUUGGAGCGAGCAUCGCAAACGAUCUGUACUUCUUGCACGAACGCGGCUCCGUAAUGGGUAUCUAUAUGAACUUCAUCGCGGCAGGAAACACCAUCGGGCCGCUCAUAUGUGGCUUCAUCGUGUCAGAGUACAGUUGGAGAUGGCAUAAGUGGAUGACCUUCAUUCUGGCCAUGGUCAACUUUUUGGCGGUUACGUUCCUGGUGCCGGAGACCACUUAUUGUCGCUACCGCCACAACCCAGUUGACUCUGACUCGUGGCCCAGCCGAGGGCCAACUCCAGGGCCAGCCAGUCGCUCGGAUGCGGAAAAGGCGAUGGGCUCCUCAAAUGCUCGAGGAGCUCGUUCACCCUUGGACCGCACUGAUGAAAGCUCCGCAGUUCGAAAUCUUCCAAAGAAGUCCUGGGCAGAGGAGAUCAGUGUCUGGCCUGUAGUCUCUCGCGAGACCCCCCUCUGGAAGUUGUUCUUCCGACCCUUCCCCAUGUGGUUCUAUCCCUGUGUCAUCUUCGCCUUUCUUGCAUAUGCAGUUUCGCUGGAGAUGACAGUGGCCGUGAACAUCCUCAAUCCCUUCGUUUUCCAGGCACCACCGUUUAACUGGUCGCCCAUGGUCAACGGUUUGAUCAAUAUCCCGGGCCUCAUCGGCAACCUCUUUGGCAGCGUCUUGGGUGGCUGGACGGUUGACAGGUUUUGCGACUGGAAGACCAAGCGCAACAAUGGCGUGUACGAACCGGAGUACCGACUGUGGCUCUGCGUGGUACCGCUAUUGAUCAGCGGAUCGGGCUGCUUGGUGUUCGGAUAUGGCGUGGAAAAGUCGAUGAACUGGGCCAGCCUGUUCUUUGCUUAUGGCAUGAUCUCGGUAGCAUUGACAGCUGUGCCGACCAUCACCAUGGCCUAUGUCUCAGACUGUCUCCUUCCAGUGAAUUCGGAUGCCCUUAUGCUUGUGAAUGGAUCCAAGAAUGUUGUUUGCUUCUUCUUCGCAGCUUCCGUUUUGGUCUGGGUCCAGAUGGUGGGUUAUGUUGAGGCUUUCGGAACAACAGCAGGCGUAUUUGCGCUCAUCAUGGGCGGAGGUAUGGCGUUGUUGAUUCCAUUUGGCGCGAGAAUCAGACAUCGUCAAGCGAACUGGCGAAUCAUAAUGUGA